AUGUCGACGGGUGCGAGAGAGCGAAAUCUAGCCGAGGGGUUGGCCGAGAGCGUCGUCGCCGACGCGAACGAGAGCGAGACGGACGCCGACGUGUGGUCCGAUGAUGAACACGAGGAUAUCGUGCGCGCAACGCUCGAACGCGAGAACGAGAGAGGUUCGGAGAAGGUGGAUGAACGAGACACGCGCGUGCGAAUCCUUCUCAUUCGUGAACGCGACGCCGAGUUCGCGCGCGACAAGACGUUCAAGGCACGCUCGAUCACGGAUCUGAACAACGAGGCGGUGCGACAUCUCAAAGCGGGCGAUGAUGUACGCUGCAUCGUUUCGUAUGCCAAGAUUUUCCGGAAGAUUGCCGAGAAUAACGUGACGUCGCCGACGCUUUAUGUAUGCCACUCCAAUCGCGCGUACGCCUACUUGAACUUGGGUCUGUUCGAAGAGGCACUGUGGGACGGUCAUCGAGCGCAGACGCUCGCAAACGAACGCUUCACGCAAAUACAAAGCGAUGAAGGCACCGUAAAUGUCUUCGUCAAGGGAUUCGCCAGAAAGGGCUUCGCUUUGAUGGGCAUGCGCCGACCAAAGCUCGCGAAGAUUGAGUUUGAGAACGGAUUGGCGAUGAGUCCUAAAGACGAGGAAUUGAAGCGCGGUUUGGAGGAGGCGACGCAAGCGAUCAUACAUGAUUUGUACGUCGGGCGUGGGAAGGAGAAGCAGUACGCUCUGCCGAGCUGUGGGAAAACGAGCGAGCGGAUAUCAUCCUUGCCAUAUUCGGCACCGUUGCACCGAGUGCAUCCGCGAGAAAUGUUACCAAACAAGCUUCUCACGCCGUUCCAAGCAGAGAAUGAUCAUCACUUGAAAGACACGUACAAUUACAUGACAAUUCAGGCUGAUAUUCGCGUUCCGAAGCGACAUUUCAGCGUGUUGCAUGACGAGGUUCGAAGAUCUAAGUACUCAGCUGCGAUUCAUCGAGCGAUCGAAAAGAUGCACGGCGACGCCAAGGAUGCACGCGUCUUGAAUAUCGGAUGCGGUGCGGGAUUGAAUACGAUGCUAGCCUUGAAACACGGCGCGCAUCACGUUACCGCCACCGAAAGAUGGUUGUAUCUAGCCAUGGCGACGAAGGAGAAUCUGCUGAAUAACGGUUACAGCGACGAUCAAGUGAAAGUCGUGUACAAGCGUCCGACGGAUGUGGCUCUCUUACGAGAUGUGCCCAUUUCGUGCAACAUAUGCAUAUGCGACGUAUUUGACGAUGGUUUAUUGAGCUCUGGUAUGAUUCCGGCCGUUCGUCACGCGCUGGAUAAGCUUCUCUUGCCCGACGCUAUUAUGAUUCCCUCCAGUGCGACGAUGUAUGCCCAAGCCAUCGACAUGCGCACGCCCUCUUUUGAUGGCAUCACUCUGAGCGCAAUCGAUGCCUAUCGCUGGCACCCGACGUACAUGGCUGGUGUUGAUUUAUGUGAAGACGCCUACGUCGCGCUGAGCGAGCCAGUUCAAGUUUUCCAGUUUGACUUCUUGAUACCGCCGGACUCCAGCGAGCGGCGCACGUUUGAUCUUGCCUUCACAAAGCGUGGGAAAUUCAACGCCGUGCUCUUUUGGUACGACAUGACCUUGAUCGACGAAAUCAACAUAUCAACGCGCCCGGGAGUGACAGGCGCACCGUCUUCCAUGCGCGCGGCCGUGCAGUUCAUGCCUGGAAAGAUUGCCGUCGAGGAUGGCCUGGUACUUCCGCUCACGUGCGCUCACAACACUGUUGGUAUUCAAUUCACCGUGGAAGACGCCGAAUACGACGAAGUUUCGAAGAAAGACGCGAGCUUUCCGAAGUAUCACUUUCACAUGCUUCAAGAUCACGGUCGUUUGCACGCUUACUCGGACGCGAUCGAGCGUCAGGUGGCGAAAAUCAAAGGUCGCGGCGAAUCCGUUCGAGCGCUCGACGUCGGCACUGGUAGCGGCGUACUUGCGAUGCUGACCGCUCGAGCGGGCGCCGAUUCCGUGGUCGCUUGCGACACCCAUCCGUCGCUUGUAAGUAUUGCGCGUAGGAACGUCGCCGCGAAUGGGUUCGGAUCUCAAGUGAGCGUGCUGAAGCAAGACGUCACCUUACUCGAACGCGGCAAACACACGCCGUACGACGGUGUCAAUCUCAUCGUGUUGGAUGCAUUUGAUGCCGGACUCACUGGAGAUCAAGUUUUGUAUAUGCUCGAAUGCGCGCGUCGACAAGUUUGCGGAAGCUCCUGCGCCGUCGUUCCCGCUGCGGCGACGAUUUACUGCGCGGGUGUUGAGGCGUACACGAAUGAAGUAGAUGGAUUUGAUCUGAGCGCCUUCAACAAAUAUAGAUGGGACAGCUCGUACGAGGCGACGUACAUGAGAGAUCAACCGUAUCGAGUAUUAACGAAACCAAAACGUGUUUUCGAGUUCUUCUUCGAUGACUCGCAACGGAGUAAAGGCAGGGAAACGGUGCUCAAGGUGGAGACCAUCGCGCACGGUUAUUUGAACGCCGUCAUGUUCUGGUUUGAUUUGCAUAUGGACGAGGAAGAGACCAUCACGACGGCACCACCGGGCAUCGAUAAGGGCGGGGUCAUAGUAGACGCUAGCAUUCUUGGCGAUGUCGACGGGGAGCGCGCAAAAAAAGUGAUGAGUGAAUCCUUGCGCCGAGUGCGCGCAAAUCUUGCGUCGAAUCCACGAAGUAAAGAUUUCGAACACAAGGAAAGGAGCGAUCCAUCGAUGACGACUGUUGAGCGCUCAGAUGCAGUUCGCCAGGUUUCUAUCACAAACGAUUCGAGCUCAUUCGAUAACAGCGAAGAGGAGCGCGUCGAACACUAUUGGGGACAAGCUUUGCAAUAUCUCGAGCGCGGCGUUCAGGUUCGAGCGGGCAAAAAGAUUGCCCUGCUGGCCAAGCGCCAGAACAGUAGCGUUCACUUCAGUCUGAAGGAAGGCGUUGGAAGCUGGGUGGGAAAACCGCCAUGGAAAAUCGAAUGGGGUGGCGGUGCUUCUGUGGAAAGCCCACAUUUUCAGCGCGUGCAUUACUGUCAGCUGCUUGUUAAUGAUUUUUUGAUGCGUUUGCGCUCCAAACGUUUCGCUCCGAUAGAGAAAGACAUGAAGAUGAUUCUCGCGCACUGCGGCAACCUGUUUCUAGAACCACGCAGUCUUACAGACGUCUACCACAACCUGGUGAUGCUGGAAGUGUAUUUCGACUGGGAUGACUUUUCGCCGGGCGCGAAGGUCGAAUCGAUGAGCAAACAAUAUUUACGUUUGUGCUGA